GCGGAAGGAGGCCUGGCGGGGACCGAGAUCUCGGGGUCGGUGGGUGGGGGCGCUCGCAGCCGCUGCGCCGGCGGCCUCCGCGGGGCACCCCUAGGACCGCGCCCCUGCGGCUCUAUCGGGCUCCUUGCCAGCUCUUUGAUAUUGCUAAUCCUCGAGUCUCAAAUUUCAUUGCUAGAAUCUUCUCUUUUUGGAGAGGGGAAGGGAUGCCUUGUGGCUUUGGCAAUAGGUGUAAAUAGACACGGGGCUGUAAUGAAUGCACAGUGACCUCUGAAAAAGGGGCGAAUUUCUCAGGUCACCAGGCACUUUUUCUCCCUACCUUGCCUCGAGUACGAAAGACAUCAACCAGUAUCAAAAUAAGAGCAUGAUAGUUUCGGUUCUAAGCAUGUGUCCUUAGUAUCAACUGCCUAGUGAACAGACCAUGGAAUGCAUAAAAUAGCGUAUAAGUUUUGUGUACAGAGCUUCUGAAUUUUAUUCAUGUAAGGAAGCAGAACAGUCCUUACCUCUCAUUGCGAGGAUCCCAACCUAUGGAUGAAGGAUAAGGGAAGAACCGAGAGGGAUCUUUUGUUUUCUGCUAAACUGAAGAAGAUGAGGCAGAAGGAGGUGUUAACCAAGACCUUCCAGGGCCCAGCGGUUGUCUGUAGGACUCGGAGCAGUCACGUUUACAUGUUCAAAAAUGGCAGUGGGGACUCGGAGGACUCCUCUGAGGAAGAGACUCAGCAGCAGCGUGUGGUGCUACGCCCCCGGGGCAGAGAGCUCCAGAACGGUGCCCACCAGGCUCACCGGCCCAGGGCAGGAGAUGUGGUGCUGCUGCAGCGAGAGCUGGCCCAGGAAGACAACCUCAACAAGUUGGCUCUGCAGUAUGGCUGCAAAGUUGCAGAUAUUAAGAAAGUCAACAACUUCAUCAGAGAACAAGACUUAUAUGCUUUGAAAUCUAUUAAAAUUCCCGUGAAAAACCACGGGCUCCUCACAGAAAGCCACACAGAACUGAAACCCCUCCCAGAACCAUCCUCAGAGACCAGAGUGACCUUGGCAGAACCUCCCGGUGUGGACACCCAGACCAGCCAGCUGACAGAUUUCUUUAAGGGGAUUGACCAGAACAUCGAGCGUGCAGUGCAGUCGGAAAUCUUCCUCAGUGAGAGCUGCUGUGUAGACACCCCGGAUCAGCCGCUGCUCGCAGCCCCUCCACAGAUGCCCACAGACGGUGCCGACUGUGGGAUCCGGUGGUGGAAUGCUGUCUUCAUCAUGCUCCUCAUCGGGAUUGUGCUGCCCGUGUUUUAUUUGGUCUAUUUUAAAAUACAAGCUACCGGGGAGACCCCCGUUAGCUUGAACACAACUGCUGUCCCCAACGGCUCGAUAGCAUUGAGUGUGACUCCAGGGCAAGCCCCCAGGUGAGCGAUUCCAGUGGCUGCUUUCACCCCUGCAGCCAGCCAUUUCAGCCAGGCCACCCCGACAGGGAACUAGGCUGCUGUUUCGGUGGCUGGCAUUUAGCAGACGUCCACCAGCUGUUCCUGGCUGUAGCCUGGGGUGGGCGUGCUGCAUUUUGUUUCCUGGCAUGCUUGGACGUUUGUGCCUGCAAGUCAUCCUGCUCUUGAUUGUAUUAACUGAGGAGCGCUCACUCACUCCAAGGCUGUGGGAUCCAAACCACCACUGCCUUCAGCCUUCUCUGUCCAGGCGGUGCAGCGAGGGACAAGCACCUGUGGUCAGUGCCGCUUCUUGAAGACACGCAGCGGACUGGCCGGCUGAGCCUUCCCAGUAGCCCUGCUUGGGCCCCUACCUGGUUGUGCAGAGGGAGAGGAAUGGCCUUGGCCAAGGAGCGGCAGUGUGGUGUCCCUUGGGUCAGGUUGGGUUGGGUCGCCUGCCUGUUACAGUGUCCCCACUUGCUAUGGAGGGGCCUGGACUGGCUCUGAGAAGUGUUCUUUGUCUCCUCAGUAAAAGUGCUACGGAGUAGUAUUGUAUGUCACCCUGAUUUAGAGAGUGACAAAUUAUAAGGAGCCUUACUUCCUCUUUGGCCCAUUGGUUAGCAUUACUGAAGCAGUGUCUCUUUGAGAAUCUUCUGAAAGGUUCGCCUUUGCUACCCUAGGGGAACCCUCUGACUAUGGUGUAGCUUGUAAUGUUAAAACCAGACUCCAUGGAGGGGCAAGAGUAUUUGUCUGCUUUCCGUAAUUAUAACUGAAUACAAUGAGACAACUUAGGAGGAGAAAGUUUAUUUUAGCUCAUGGCUUCAGAGGCCCCAGUCAGUUUGGCCUGUUGUUUUCUGACCUGUGUCCAAGCAGCACAUUAUGGCAGGCAGCGGACGUCAUCUCUUGUGGCUGGGAAAGGAGGGAGAGAGGAAGGCCUGGGGUCCGUCCAGCAUCUUCAAACCUAACUUCCUCUCACUAGGCCCCACUUUGAAAUGACACCAAGCUGAGGACCACGCCUUUAAGUCGUGGGCCUUUGGGGACACCCAAAUCACAGCAAAGGGGCUGUGGCUGACCAUGGGGAGAUGGGGCCUCUGGUUUGCCAGUCCCCUCCUCUGGCAAGACACCAGCCUGCCACGUGUGGCGGGGAGAGGCAGGGAAGGGGCUGGGGGCUCGGGGCUCCACCUGCAAGGUCUGGAAAAUGCCACAGAAAUGCUGCACUUGAGCUGGUAUGGCGUUGGCGCCGAAGGCCCAGAGAUAAAUGUAAAAGAUCUCACCGGAAGGGGGGGUGACAGAAGAGUACUUGAGAUAGGUUUCCAAUUUCUCCGCUCAGUUUGUGUGAAAAACAACUGGCCUAGGGCUCAAUUUAGCAAAUUUAAAUUAUCUUCACAAUUACAUGUUUUCUUAGAGACCAGGAUGAUUUUCAGGAUACAAUGAAGGUGUGAACCACGGUACAGGAAACAUUUUGAUCAUGUAAAUGCUUUUCCAGCUAAAGGUCUGUGCUCACUGUUGCCGGGGGCCCCAGACUUCUCCAACAUUUGUGGCCUUUAACUUCACCAGGCGGGGCUCAGAGUUGUGUGGGAAAAUCACUUUUGCCAGGCAAAGAAUAUAUAUCUGUAUCCUUUACUUUUCUCAAAUGGAAUAAAAUAAUUUCUUCUGUGAAGGAAAAA